AUGCAACCUCCUAGCGCUAUUGUUGUAGAGGUAUUCUAUCGGACAUUUGACGAUCUGGGCACAUCCCUCGAGGAUGAGGGUUUACGUUUGCUGAAAUGUGAACCCAACUAUCGUAUUUGGUUCUCGGACCAUGACUACUUCGAAGCGUCAACGGACAUUUGCAAAAUGAAGCCGCAAAUAGAGCGCUACGAGGGGAAGGAUGGCAUGCAGCAUUUCUUCCGAUUUCUAAGAGAGUCGGGUCGGCAUUAUGAUCUUUCCAUGAAGCACGUUCUAUCACAGGAUUUCCCUAACCUGUUGGCCAUGCUGCGCCCGAAACUGCUUUUGUCGCUCCCUUUCCUGCAUCCAUUUGAAAGUAUGUGGAGCCGUAUAAAGCGGCACUUCACCUCAGAUAAACUUCGACGUGCUUUCACCUUUGCUAGCAUGUAUCUUGGCAUGAACCCCUUCGAAGCUCCUGGGACAUAUUCUCUGCUUCAGUACACCGAGUUGGCCCAUGGAAUUCUUUAUCCUGAAGGAGGAUUUGUAAAGGUGCUCGAAGCUUUGGCCAAUGUCGGUAAUCGACUGGGUGUCGAGUACCGCUUAAAUACGGAAGUCGCAUCGAUCAUCUAUUCAUCACAGAACAAAAUCCAAGGCAUACGGCUGAAAACGGACGAGGAGCUUUUUGCAGAUCUGGUUGUCAUCAAUUCAGACCUUGUCUAUUCCUACAACAAUCUUUUACCCCCCGACUCUUAUUCUCGAAGCUUGACGAAGCGUGCAGCAUCUUGCAGUAGCAUCUCAUUUUUCUGGUCUUUUGACAGAAUAAUCCCAGAGUUGCAAGUGCAUAAUGUUUUCCUAGCAGAGGAAUACAAAGAGAGCUUCGAUGCUAUAUUCCACCGGCACCAGCUACCCGAUGAGCCAUCUUUCUAUGUCAAUGUUCCAAGCCGGAUCGAUCCAACCGCAGCGCCUGAAGGGAAAGAUGCAGUCGUGGUACUAGUGCCUGUCGGCCACCUUGUGGAUGAUCCAUCAAACCCUCAAGACUGGGAUCGGUUGAUAAGUCAUGCUCGUGAGGUCGUGCUGAAGACAAUUGAAUCUCGAACAGGAGCCUCUCAGUUGCGUGACUCCUUGAUUCAUGAAUCGAUUGAAACGCCUAUGAGCUGGAAGACGAAGUUCAACCUUGACCGCGGCGCGAUUCUUGGUCUUUCUCAUUCGUUUUUCAACGUCCUCAGCUUCAGACCCCAUAUUAGACAUUCUAAGAUCCAAGGCCUGUACUUUGUGGGUGCAAGUACACAUCCUGGGGCAGGGGUUCCAGUGGCGCUUUCUAGUGCCAAGGUUGUCGCCGAGAAUAUAAUAUCGGAUUAUUCGAAGACAAGAAGACCGUUGGGAUUCGAAGCUUCAACUAUGCUUCUGCUCUUAUUACUAUUGUUCGCCACAGGGCUAUAUCAUAUCAUUUCAUGA